AUGGCGCUCGGGGGGUCGCGGCCGCGGGGCCGGCGGGCGGCGGGGGGGUGGGCGCCGUGCGCGGCGCUGGCUCUGGGGUGGGCGCUGGGGUGGGCGCUGGGCGCGGAGCCCCCGCACCGCUGCCGCCCCGACACCGCGCUGCUGCCGCCGCCGCUCCGCCGCCUCGGGGGCUCCGCUCUGCUCCGCGCCGCCGUCCCUCGCCUCCGCGGAGGCUGGAGCCCGUGCCAGCUGUACCGGUACCCCCCCGGAGACCCCCGCCCCAACGGCACCGGGCCCUGCACCCGCGGCUGGCACUACGCGCUGCCCGCCGCCGGCCUCCGCGCCAACCUCGUCACGCAGUGGGACCUGGUGUGCGCCUCACGCUGGAAGGUGCCUCUGGAGCAGACCACGCACCUGCUGGGCUGGACACUGGGCAGCGUCACGGCCGGCCUGGCCUGUGACAGGUUCGGCCGCCGUCCCAGCUUCCUGCUGGCGCUGGCGCUGGCCGUGCCCCUGGGGCUCGGCGUGGCCCUGGCUGUGAAUUUCCUCAUGGUCCUGGUGGCACGGCUGCUCUUCGGGGCCGCGCUGGCAGGAGCCUUCCUCGCCCUCUACGUGGCACGGCUGGAGCUGUGUGACCCCCCGCACCGGCUGGCGGUGACAAUGGUGGCCGGGUUCUUCUGGAUCGCCGGGGAGCUGCUGCUGCCGGGGCUGGCCCUGCUGUGCCGGGACUGGCGGGUGCUGCAGGGCGCCGUCACCAUGAUCUUGGCCCUGCUGGCUGCCUGCUGGUGGUGCCCCGCGCUGCUGCUGGAGUCACCGCGCUGGCUGCUGGCCACGCUGCAGCCGGAGAGGGCCAGGAAGACCCUGCAGGCGCUGGCCGAAGACAACUGCCCCCAGGACAGCCUCCUGGCGGAGCUGGAGGCCGUGUCCGAGGGGCCCCCGCGGCCCCGGUACCACUCUGUCUGCGAGAUCUGCAGCACCAGGGUCAUCUGGAAGAACGGCGUCAUCCUCGGCUUCGCGGCGUUCAUCGGCUCCGGCAUCCGCCACUGCUUCACCCGCAACCUGGUCCCGCACCUGCCGCACUUCUUCUCCUCGCACCUGGCGCUGGUGGGCACCGAGGCGGCCGCCUGCCUCUUCGUGUGCCUGACCGCCGAGCGCUUCGGGCGCCGCGCCAUCCUCCUGCUCUGCACCGUCCUCACCGGCAUCUCCUCCCUGCUGCUGCUGGCCCUUACCCAGUACCUGCUGGAGCUCAUCGUCCUGACCCUGUCCGUGGUGGGCACGGCCGCCUCCCACGCCGUCACCAUGCUCAGCAUCUUCUUCGCCAGCGAGGUUCUCCCCACCGUCAUCAGGGGCGCCGGGCUGGGCCUGGUGGUGGGGGCCAAUUUCGUGGGCAAAGCCGCGGCGCCCAUCACCGCCAUCCCCAACAGCCGCGGCUUCUUCCUGCACCACGUCGUGUUCGCCUCCUUCGCCAUCCUGGCCGUGCUCAGCAUCAUGUUACUGCCCGAGAGCCAGGGCCGCGGCCUCCCCCAGUCCCUGCAGGACGGCGAGAGCCAGCGCCGCCCGCCCCUCUUCCGCCGCGCCCCCCGCGAGGACCACCUGCCCCUGCUGGCCCCCCACGCCACCCCCCACGACUAUUCCUGCCUGGCCGCCUCCACCAAGAGGAUGCUGCGCUCCCCCGACCCCCCCCCGAGAGAUGUAGCCGCGCUCCCUGGGGGUCUCCCCGCACGGUGGGGGGCUGAGCAGGGUGCUGGGACCCCCGGCCGGAGAUGUUCUGGGAGCAGCGGUGGGGCCGGAUCCUGCCCCGGGAGCAGCGGAGCUGGGAGCCCUGGGGUGGGGGUGAAGCCCCCCGGGGUGCUGCCGGCUCCCAAUAAAAGUGCCUUGUUUCUACGGGCCGCUGGUGCGGGGGGGUGGCGCAUCCCCGCCACCAACCCCCGCUCUUUAUUACGGGGGUGACCGGGGGUCUCCUCG